UCUGUGCAUGAGCCAAGAUGGCGGCUCCGAGCGUGUGUGGGGUUGGCUAGCUAGCAGAUGACUUGACGUGAUUUCUUUAUUUAUUUUAAUUCUCUCAAUAAGUCUUUAUAAAUCUCCGAGAAAGCCGUUAACUCACGCAAUGGCGGGUCACAGGGUGGAGUGUGUGUGGAAGAGGCACGUGGCGAUGCAGCUGAAGCAGAGGGACCGCGUCCAGCGACAGGCGUUUGAGGAGAUCAUCCAUCAGUAUAACAGGUUGUUGGAGAAGUCAGACCUACAGGUUGUGCUCUCAGAGAGACUACAACCAGAUAAAUAUGAACUACAGAACAGACACGACCUCAGCCCGGGGGCAGAGUCGAGUCGCUGUGAUCUGCUGCAGCAGGAUAUGUCACAGAUGCGCAUCAAACACCAAGAGGAGCUCACCGAGCUGCACAAAAAACGUGGCGAGCUGGCCCAGAAUGUAAUCGAGUUGAAUAACCAGAUACAGCAGAAAGACAAAGAAAUACAGAACAACGAGGCCAAAAUGUUGGAGUACCAGCAGCAGAUCUCCCAGCUGGAAGGCGAAUGCCGUGAGCUGCGUAACUGCCUAUCAGACCUGGAGCGAGCUAACCAGACGCUGCGUGACGAGUACGACGCGUUACAGAUCACCUUCAGCGCUCUCGAGGAGAAACUGCGCAAAACCACAGAGGACAAUCAGGAGCUCGUCACACGCUGGAUGGCCGAGAAGGCACAAGAGGCUAAUCGUCUCAACGCAGAGAACGAGAAGGACUGCAGGCGCAGACAAGCGAAACUACAGAAAGACCUGGCUGAUGCUGCAAAAGAACCGCUGCCUAUCGAUUUAGACGAUGACAUUGAGGUGCUUACAGAGGACACGGGGAAAGGGACAGGAGAGACGUCUCCCAGUCACCCAAUGAGCCGAACACCCAGUAAACGAGCGUCUCAGGUUCCUCCUGGUAAUCUCCUAGAUUCCAUCUCCACUAUCUUUGGCGUCAACAGACGAAGGUCUCUGAACUCCCACGGCUCGCCCCCGGACAACCCAGAGACUCCUUCUGGUGUGUGCGCCGACGUCCGUGUCCCAUCUACUGCACUCCACAUUUUUGACGCCCACGACGGCGAGGUGAACGCAGUCAGGUUCAGUCCGGGCUCUCGUCAGCUCGCUACAGGAGGAAUGGACCGACGUGUAAAACUGUGGGAAGUUAUUGCAGGUCACUGUGAGUAUAAAGGUGCUUUAAUGGGCAGUAACGCUGGAAUCACCAGCAUCGAGUUUGACAGCACGGGCUCUUACCUGUUGGCUGCAUCUAAUGACUUUGCGAGCCGAAUCUGGACUGUAGACGACUACAGACUAAGGCACACACUAACAGGACACAGUGGAAAGGUUCUCUCUGCUCGGUUCCUGUUGGAUAACGCUCGCAUCGUCUCGGGCAGCUAUGACCGAACGCUCAAACUGUGGGACCUACGAAGCAAAGUCUGUAUGAAGACGGUGUUUGCGGGCUCUAGUUGUAACGAUAUCGUGUGCACGGAGCAGUGUGUGAUGAGCGGACAUUUCGAUAAGAAAGUGCGCUUCUGGGACAUUCGUGCUGAGAGUACAGUGUGUGAGUUGGAGCUGUUGGGUCGGGUCACAUCGUUGGACCUGAACCACGACCGCACAGAGCUGCUCACCUGUUCCCGUGACGACCUCAUCAAAAUCAUCGACCUGCGCAACAACGCUGUGAGACAAACCUUCAGUGCACAGGGCUUCAAGUGUGGGUCAGACUUCAACAGAGUCACCUUCAGUCCUGAUGGCAGUUAUGUUGCUGGGGGUUCAGCAGAUGGUGUUCUUUACGUGUGGAAUGUUCUAUCAGGGAAAGUGGAGAAAACCCUAGACAAAGGACACAGCUCCUCCAUUAACGCAGUGUCCUGGUCUCCAUCCGGUUCCUAUGUGCUCAGUGUGGAGAAGAGCAGUAAAGCCGUACUCUGGUCAGAUGUGUGAUUGAUGCCACGCCCUGAUCGCCUCACUUCCAGCCUGGAGCUGAUUGGUUCAGCACUGCUUCAGCCUGCUGUGUUUGUUUCUGCCCCGCCCUGCCCUGCCCUGCCCUGCCCUGAUUGGAUCACCACUGCUUCACCUUGCUCUGUCCCAGCCUACACGAGGACCUCACUUUUUCCCCCUCGUACUUGUACAACAAUUCCCACGAUGCAUUGUGUUUGGGAGGCGUGGCCAUUUGUACAGAAAGACCCAACACACGUAUUAUAAACAUUUUAUAUCCGUAGUCCUUUUUCCUUUCUAAACGUUUUCCCACUUAUUCACACACACAAACACACACACACACCAUCUCUGGUGAAGAUAAGAGACAUGUUUGUCUCUCUGUCCGUCCGUCCGUCUGUCUGUCUGUAUGAUCACCAAAUAUUAAUAUCUGUUAUUUUCCUUAAUGAUGUUCCAGAAGAUUCGUUCUUUCAGCUAAAACGCUGCUCUGCGACUUCACACAGUCACUUCAGCAGCCGCACGUCAUCACAACAUCUGAGUUUUGUAGGACGAGCAUCAGCUCAUGACCCCAAUAAGCCUUGAAGCACAAUUCAGAUGAGUGUCGACAUUAGCGUUCGCAGCAGUGACACAGCUCCAAAAUCCCGUCGAAUCCCCACUAACGUUAUUUAGCGUCGUCGACCCUUUAACGUACGAUCGACGCUUUAAAUUAGCGAAGCUGGCGUUAGCAGACCGAUCCUCCGAUUAGCUCAAGUUCUCAUUAGCAAAGUCAUUUAAAUAUCGGUGCUUACAGCCUCUGCUGUAAUAAUAUAUCGUCUCGGUCUAUUAUAUUAUAAUGAAGUUAAACACAACAAGGCUUUAACAAUGUGUACAAAAACAACACACACCUGAACUGACAUGUUAUAAAGGUGAUGUUUUGCUGAAAUGAAGCAGGAUAUUAUGUAGUGAUGAUGAUGAUGAUGAUGACGAUGAUUGCAGCCAAACCUUGUCCCUCAGUCAAACCUUGCAGCCAAAUUCUAUUAAUUCACCUCAGUAUAAACACACUGUGCUCUGGUCUACUUCAUCUGUAUUGGAGUGAGUGGAACACACACACACACACACACAGCAAAUGUGAGUUAAUAUUUACACUGGAGUGGGUGUGGCUUAACUUAAAUAUUCUGAAGUGGGGGUGGCUUAUGAUGAAGUCUUAUGAUUAUUAUGAUGAACCUAAAAAUGAAGUGCACUUUAAUUAGGGCUUAAUUAAACACACACACACACACACACACACACAGUGCACGCCUCCUGAACACUCUUCUGUUCAUUCUUUCAUCCUCUGAAUCAAAGCAUCUUACUGACUCUUUCAAUUCAAAUGGACAAGGUUUAAAUCUAGCACUUGGUAGUGGGCGGGGCUCAGGGUGACCCUUGAAUCCUAUUGGGUAAUGAACUGUGUAAUGUACGUAUGUAUAUGUAUGUAUAUGUCUGUGUAUGAGACACUUUAUGUUUACACUCAAUGAUACAGAAAUAAUACGAUU